AUGAUUCCUCCGGAAAGCAGUGAUCGUGAAUCUGAUGGUUUCGAUUUUCCCAACGGUAACACUAACACUCGCCACCUGCGCCUUCGUCACUUCGAAUGUGGAGGCAAGUAUCCUAGCUAUCCUUUUCGUUCUUUGGUCAAGCUUUAUGCUAGGUUGGGGCUUCAUCGCUACAAUUUGUUGGAGGGGAAAAACUUGCAGCUUGAUAGCCUAGAGAGUUUCAACAUGAGCAUAACUGGCGGUCCUUCCUCUUACUACCUUAGUCUGGUUGCACGUGUUCCAGAUAGCGGUUUGCAGCAACCCUUUCAAGUUUUUGUUCAGGAAAGGAGUUUUGGCUUUCUAGACUUGGGGUGCCCUAUCGCUAGACCUCUAGUGACCACUAAGGAGCCUUUCCUGCGUCCUCAUAGCGAUCCACCACCACCUGAUGGUAUGUUUUUCAGUAAGAAAUUGCCUCGU